CACAGCGAGCUCCGUUGGACAGGCUCUUGGGAAAGCGUUAUCAGUCGGGUGCAAACAGCUCUGCACAGUUUGUUUUGUUUGGUUUUGGUUGUGGGGUUUUUUGUUGGCUUUUUUUUUUCUUUUAACUGCCGUUGUGUUCUGGCUGCACCUUACUCGGCAAUAAAAACAAUGUGAAGCACGUGCUUUGCUCCUCCUCCUCCUGCUCGGUGGCUGAACUGUGUGAUUAGGGUUGGACAUGACUAUUGCAAACAAGAUAGCGUGGGUUGCGCCCAGGUGCGGAGUUCAGAAACAAGUCCUUAUAAUAGGUGGAGAAAUUUACUUGGGAAAUCUUCAGGAGUUAGGCAGGCACCCGGCUUUCACCUAUCUCUCUGCCCCCAUGGAGUUGGGUAUUUUUGGUGGUUUGUUUUUUUGGGUUUAUUUUCCUUUCUGGCAAGAUCUUAGCUUCUAAAGCAAAGUUGGUUACAGCAGCAGUUUGAAAAACAGUGAUAUGUGUGUGUCCUGAGUGUGCCAGAGAGAGUUAAAAGCAAGACUGAUGGUUCAUGCGUUUCUAAGAAGUGAUAAGCAAUCAUUCCUUGAAAAGUAGGUUUUACUCAUACAGUAAUUUGCUAGUAUGGAAUUUUGCAUCCACCUCUUCCUUGUUGAAAAGUUUGCCUUGGGUUUCAAGUGGUCAGAUCUUUAAAUUACUGGAUACAUAAAGCAAAAUGAAUUGAACUUGUAAUUGCAUUGCCUUGUUCUUAUGUUAAAUGUCCAGAAAGGUUUACUCUCUUAAGUGGCCUUUUAAAAGUAAAUGUAUUUUCAGAUAGCUCUGUAAACUUCUGCAGGCAAAUAUGCAUUCUUUAAAUUUCGUAUUUGUUUUAUUGUUGGCAUGUGAAAAGGUUGAAAGCAGUUACAUUUAAAAAAAAAAUCCAAACCUAUUCUGCUACUUUAAGUUCUGAAAUGAGAACCCAAAAAUUAGACUAACAAAUUGGUCAAAAAUUAGAUGACAAAACAGUUACACAGUUCUUAAAAUAAUAUUUUUUAGUCUUGAUCUUAGGCACUUUUUUUCCUUUGGAAAAAAGCAACGUUUGGAAAAAGUUUGCCAAGGAAAUACUUUUGAAAGGUUUCAAAAAUCUUAAUCUUGACGUCUUUAAUUGCAAGAUGUCGGUAACAAAAAAAAUUGUCUGGAAGGAUGUGUUUUCCCCCCAUCCCUUGCUUUAAGUCAUGGCAUUUAGAACAUGUAACUUCUUAUUUUCUUGGAAGAAGAAAACAUCAGUAUAUCUCUAAGUGAUGGCUGUGUUGUCUUUUUGUUUUUUAAGUUGGCUGUUUACAAAAAUGUGGGACAGUAUCCCACAACUUCCAUGAGUGGGUUUUGGUCUGUAACCAGCUCAUAUUAACUAUUUAGAGCUCAUCCCAGUUAGCUCCGAGGCGCUCAUUGAGAGCUGUCGAUGACCUGGUCUGCUCCUGUCAACACACCCCAGAGGCCUUUUUUCCAGAAGAAAAAUGAAUACAGUUUUGUCAGUGGUAGCUCUCUCCUGGUCUGAAAGGGAGACAAAAAAGAGGGGAAAAAAACCCCAAACCCUACCUUAAUGCCAUGGUAAAAGUAGCCUACCUAACUGGAACAUUCAUGCAGAUUUACUGCCUUGCUAGCAAAGGACAAGUCCUCUGUAAAGGAGGACUUGGAGAGCCCAGUCUAACAGUACCUUCUGUAGCUUUUUACAGAUGGCUUUGGAAAGACUUGGACUUCAAACAGGCAACCCUGAAUUUGGCAAGUUAAUAGCUUGCCUGUGGUGAAUGCUUGUUAUAACCUAUUUGUUUGGAAUAUUUGUUUAGCCUAAAGCUUAAACUAAUGUUGCAUUUCAGACUAGCUUAUUAUAAAUAUUGUUCUUGCACUAUGCUGAGUUAUUAUCUCUAACAGAAACAUGACAGGCUUGCAGUGAAUUUGCCAAUUAAAUCUUGAUUAAUUUUAAGUUGAAUUCCAUUUUCAUGGUUGCAAAAUCCAAUUCCUUUAUAUUUUUGUUAGUUGCAGAUGGUUCUGAGUCACUGUUCAGUUUUCUUGCUUUUCUUCACUGAUGAAGUGGCUCAGCGCAGAACUGAGUCUCUGGCAGAAAGCUUGUUCCAGCACAGGAAUUGUGCUCUGCAUAGUCCCGUAGACAGGAACUGAAUCGUGGAAAACAGUUCUCAGGAAGCAAGUAGAGAUUUUUGCCCAGUACUGUUUUCAUCCUCUGCUUGCUUGCAAGUGUGAUGGGAGUAAAAAUAAGAGCUGAAAAAAGUCAAGACAAAUUUUCUUCAUCAGUCUUUCGUGACCGUAUGUUCAGAAUGAAACGAGGAAGGAAAACUAAUGAGGCCAACAGCAGUUCAUCUGACGACACAACUGAGAACGAAUCCAAGAGACACAAGAUUGUAGAGAAGAAAACCACAGUUGUGCAGAGUCCUGACUGGGCAAAUCUGCUCCAAGACAUUAUCCUGCAGGUGUUCCAGUACUUGCCACUUCUGGAUCGUGCUCAUGCAUCCCAGGUCUGCAGGAACUGGAACCAGGUGUUUCAUAUGCCCGAUCUCUGGAGGUGCUUUGAGUUUGAGCUGAAUCAACCAGCCACCUCGAACCUGAGGACUACACACCCCGAGCUAAUCAAGCAAAUAAUAAAGAGGCAUUCCAAUCACCUGCAGUAUGUUAGCUUCAAGGUGGACAGUAGCAAGGAAUCUGCAGAAGCAGCUUGUGAUAUUUUAUCACAGCUUGUGAAUUGCUCUCUGAAAACACUUGGGCUAAUUUCAACUGCCCGGCCAAGCUUCAUGGAUUUACCAAAGUCUCACUUUAUUUCUGCACUGACAGUGGUGUUUGUGAACUCCAAAUCCCUCUCUUCACUUAAGAUUGAUGACACACCCGUAGAUGAUCCAUCUCUCAAGGUUCUGGUGGCUAACAACAGCGACACACUCAAACUGUUGAAAAUGAGCAGCUGUCCUCAUGUUUCUCCAGCUGGUAUCCUGUGUGUGGCUGACCAGUGCCAUGGCUUGCGCGAGCUGGCGCUGAACUACCACCUGCUGAGCGACGAGCUGCUGCUCGCUCUGUCUUCGGAGAAACACGUCAGGUUAGAACACUUGCGCAUCGAUGUGGUCAGUGAAAAUCCCGGACAGACUCAGUUCCACACCAUUCAGAAGAGCAGCUGGGACGCUUUCAUCAAGCAUUCUCCUAAAGUAAAUUUAGUCAUGUACUUUUUCUUGUACGAGGAGGAGUUUGACCCGUUCUUUCGUUACGAGAUACCCGUCACUCACCUGUACUUCGGAAGGUCAGUCAGCAAGGACGUGCUGGGCCGCGUUGGGAUGACGUGCCCGCGGUUGGUUGAACUGGUGGUGUGUGCCAAUGGAUUGCGGCCGCUGGACGAGGAGCUGAUCUGCAUCGCGGAGCGGUGCAAGUACCUGUCGGCCGUGGGCCUCGGAGAAUGUGAAGUCUCUUGCAGUGCCUUUGUGGAGUUCGUGAAGAUGUGUGGCGGUCGCCUCUCUCAGCUCUCUAUUAUGGAGGAAGUUUUGAUUCCUGAUCAGAAAUACAGCUUAGAGCAGAUUCAUUGGGAGGUUUCAAAGCAUCUUGGUAGAGUCUGGUUCCCAGACAUGAUGCCCACUUGGUAAAGUCCUUAAAAGACUCCAGGGCGAAUGGAGUAGCACCUUAAACCCAAGCUUACCAUAUUGCAAUUUCCUGUAUAAGCUUAUUUAAUAAUAUAGAUUUUGCUGCAACUUAAUUAAUGGUUUGAUUAGAAAAUUAAUUUUUCUUUCAAAAAUUGUUUUGGAACUUGAGAACUAAAAGAGUCCAAACAAAUUCAUCCAAACAAAUUCAGGUUUUUUUUUAUAUUUAGUCUUUGUCAUUAAAGGUGACCUCAGAUAUUUUUGGAAAUAAAAAUUAUUUAAAAUAUUGAAA